AUGGUGUCUGUUGCCACUGCUCCUCUCUCACCGGCCCUUACAGCCACACCUUCCAUCCAUCACCCAAAGAUGAUUGCGAUGUCGUCUCCUAUAUCGAUCCUCAAGUCUUCCAAACCCGUUGGAAUCAAACGAAAGAUGGAUGACACCGACAUGGACUUCUCUCCAUCGGCCCCGGAUGACCUCCCCAAGCAUCUCGAUAAGCGCCCGCGCGUCACCUUCGAUGACAAAAAUACGGUCCGCACAUUCUCGGUUCCCUCCGACGACCCGUUCACAGUUACAGAUGGCAAGAGCGUUGCAGUUGUUCGUGAAGAAGUGCGUCGGGCCAUUCAUCGCCAUGUCACAGCCGGGGAUAGCGAGGCCUAUGACCAAAUCAAGGAGAUCUUUGUUGCCGACCCCAAAAAAGCGGACACUGGCAUGCAGUCAUGGAACCUCCCGACACACGCAUCCCUGAAGAACCAUUUGAUGGGCCUUCUCUCACACAUCGCUUCCUUGGACCGCAACUGCAGCGGUUUGGUAAAUGCCGUUCUCGACAGCGAGUGGCUGGGUCGCGAUGAGGCUUAUGUGAAACUUUUCAUCCGUUUUCUGGGCAAUCUCGCCGCGGCACAGGGAACAUAUCUCGGCCAGGUCUUUCGCAUGUUGACUUCGAAACUGACCGGCGUCUCAUAUGGAACUGGCCGACUUCCUGGCUACCCCGUUGUCCAGCCCUCUGAGAUCUACACACGUAUCCAUAUGGCCCUGCGCCAUGUGAUGCGGCUCAUCCCCGCUGGCAGUGGAGCCCUGUCACCUAUCCUAUCUCACCAAUUUCCUCCCCACCCCGACCCUGCCAAGUGCUUCCUCGCCUACACCCGCAACCUCAUCAAAAUCAUCUCAUACGCCCCGGAGCUUCAGUCCGACAUCCUUGCCCUCAUCACCGAGAGACUGGUCAAGAUUGAUGUGCAGAUACAAGUGGAUUUAGAAGAUGUUGAGGACGAAUUCGGAGAGGAAUUUCUUCUGGAAACUCCUAACCCAGACGAAGAGCUGGACGAUGAGGAUGAGGAUCUCAGUGAUGACGACGAGGCCGACGAACGUGGCCAGUUGAUCAAGUCAAACAUCCAAAAAGUGGACGGGAUGCUUGAUAUUCUCUUUGAAUUCUACUCGGACCCCUUCACCACGGGAACUGCCGCCGACAAAGAAAACACACUGUCACUCCUGAUCAGCCACUUCCGAUCCAUCAUUCUUCCAACUUACAAGUCCCGACACUCUCAGUUCCUUCUCUUCCAUUUCUCUCAGCUGUCUCCUGAGCUCGUAGAGCUAUUCGCCACGGAAUGUAUGGAUAUCAUCAGCAGCAAAUCUCAGCCAGGGCUUAUGCGUCAGUCCGCUGCCGCCUAUCUGGCCAGCUACGUUGCCCGUGGUGCCCACAUCUCUGGCGACGUUGUGCGUGAUGUCUUCGACCUCCUGCUUACACACCUGGACAACCUACAAGCGGAUUAUGAAGCUGGCUGCCGCGGUCCAGAUCUUCGUCGCUACGCUCCUUACUACUCCACCACUCAGGCCGUGCUCUACAUUUUCUGUUUCCGCUGGCGUGAUUUAACUACUGCGGCCAUCGAUGGUGACAGCAUAGAUCAGAUUGAUGAGCUCGAGCCCAGCCAAAUUACCUUCCCCCCCAAUGUGAAGGAGUACCUUCACAAGUCGAUCUACUCGCGACUGAACCCGCUCAAGAUUUGCUCCCCUGGCAUCGUGACCCAAUUUGCACGGAUUGCCCACCACUUCCAGCUGCUUUACGUCUACCCUCUCCUGGAGACCAACAAGCGUCUUCGCGUUACUUCUUUCCGCAGCAUUGGCGGUCUAGUCGGCCGUGAAAUCCGCGCUAGUGACCACCUUGGCCACCAACUAGACGCUUACUUUCCCUUCGAUCCAUACCACCUUCCCCGCAGCCGACGCUGGUUGGAGGGUGACUAUGUCGAGUGGCGCGGUGUGCCAGGUCUGGACGAUGACGACGACUCAGAUAGCGAAGCUGACGAGGAUGAGGACGAGGAUGACGAUGUCACAGCGACCGACGAGGAGUGA